GCACCCACCUCCUCUGCCGCAUCUCACGCACACUUUACGUGCCUUGUCAUCACGCACUGGGGCAGGUUCGGGCUUGCAUAUGGAUGGACGAUGCCGGAGGCGGGUCCACGCUGGAAAACACACAGAGGCGUUUUAAAACACGGACUUAAAAUGGUGAUCUGAAAUGCGGCGUGUUGUUAAAUAUGUAGCUUGUGCGCAAGGGGGGAGGACGCAGUGAGCUAACGUCCGGGACACUUAACACGCAAGUGGACGUGAUGCCCGCGUGACCGCGGGGAGGAAAGAGGCGGCACACCAGACGGACUUGUCACCGUUCGAUCCCCGUGAGGUGGCGCAUGCUUUUUGGUGCAUUUUCCAAAUCGAUGGAAUGUGGUUGCUGUUGAUAUAGGUGAGAGAAAUUCAUCUUUUCCCCAUCUGGGUGGUCCAGAUAGAAGGUCGGAUGAUGCUCGUUCGGGAGGAGCACAACGCGCACACACACGCACAGCCGAGCGGCCCGCAAGCUGAGAGAGAUGCGCGUCUUUCCAUCUUUGGCGGAUGUUUGACAACGCGCUACCUGCUGAUGCUUGCCGCAAUGCCACUGGCGAGAGUGGAAGCCGAGGAAAGAAGGGAAGAAAAAAAAAAUCAGCGAACACAACCGUCGAUAUGAGCCGUGCAGAGGAGUCUAGUUGCAGGAGGGGGUGCUGCUGCGAGCUGUAUUGACUUCUACGGCCAUGGCUGAAACAGUCAAAUGAGCUGGCUGUCCAUUCUCAACUUUCUGCUGACCAGGCUCACAAUGUUCAGCCACCCUUGAACUUUUCUUAAAGAACUACACAUUCCUUCCAUCACAUCUCCAACAUGCCCUCACCGUCAGACUCCAGCAGCGUGGCAUCGGCCUCGGGCUCCCGGGGUUGGUCGGACAGCCGGCGUGGUAUUUCAGGUCGGGGCCCCGGGGGGGCCAAGUUGCUCCUCUAUCUGGGCCUGUGCCACCUGGGCCUGGGCGCCAUGGUCCUGGCCUUCUCCUUCACCAGCAUGGCCUUCACCUCGUCUGCUCGCGUGAGGCAGUCUUGUCCCUUCUGGGCUGGAUUUUUUGUGGUGGCAUCUGGGAUAGUUGGCAUUAUCUCAUGGAGGAGACCUUUGACGCUGGUGGUUUCUCUUUUCAUGCUGCUGUCUGCAGUGUGCGUGAUCCUCAGUCUGGCCGGCUCCAUGCUCUCCUGCCAGAACGCGCAGAUGGUCAAGUCCAUGCUCACCUGCCAGGUGGAGAACGGCCGUUGUGUGUGUUGCGCGCCUACUGAAAUCUGCUCCAGCAAAGAGGAUGGAACCCUCGUCCUCAACCGUAAUUCCGACUGCCACUCGGUUAGACAUCAACUGAAGGACUUGUUGUUCAGCGCGUGUGGUCUGAGCAUUCUUUCCACCAUCAUCUGCACUUUGUCCACGGUCACCUGCAGCAUCCAUAUUUUCUCCUUGGACCUUGUGCAUCUGCUGGCGCCGCACCGUUCUCGUUCCGUCAACCCGGAAUGCACCACGCCUCAGGACGCCUUCCUGACUAACAUCAUGGACUUUGAAGAGUUUGUCCCGCCUAUUCCGCCGCCCCCUUACUAUCCUCCCGAGUAUACUUGUAGCUCGGAGACGGACGCACAGAGUAUCACCUACAAUGGCUCCAUGGAGAGUCCCAUUCCGCUCUACCCGACUGACUGUCCUCCUCCUUACGAGGCUGUGAUGGGACAAAGAGCUGCCAGCCUGGGCGCUGAGCUGUCUGGUGAGCGAGCAACGUCCACAGCGUUCAGUGGAGAAGUCUCCAUGGACAGUGGGUCUCUGCUCAUGUCGGAGAUCGUGGACAUCCCAGAUGAUUCGUCCCCGUCCGAAGACUCCUGUCUGUUGGAGGUGGGGAUGAGGGUUCAAGGCGGCAGGGCCAGCAGGACAGCCAGCGAGGUGAGCGACGGGCCGGAUGUCGGAUCGGUCAGCUUCCGCGGUCCUCGAUCGCAGACGCCCGAAAGUCCUCUGGCUGGAGGACCCAGAGCCAGACGUUUUCUCAGAGGAGAGAGGUCCAACUCGUGUUCUUCACCCAGCACUGCGACCCCCACGUACAGGUCUCCAGUGUUGCGGCGCCAGGCGUUGCUAGCUCGAAGCUGCUCCCAGCUGGGCUCCAUGGAGGGUUCCGACUCACAACAGAAAUCCCCCAUACCGGACAUCCGCGUUCGCCCGUCCACUCCUUUACACCAAGCGGUCGGCCAUGACGCCGGCGAGCAGAGCGGUGGACAGCGCCAGCCUCUGUACCUGCGACGACGGGCCGGGAGGAAUAACGGCAGAAAUGACAACGGAGGCGUCCUACGCAUCAUGAGGUCACGCAGUGAGCCGGGCCUCAGCUCCUCUUCGGGUGCAGACUUUAGCUUUGGGUGCAGCAAAGCUUCUCCAGACAUAGGUCCAUCCAAUGAGGCGUUGCGUCUGCCCCGUACAGCUUUGCCGCCAGCUACGGCUUUACCAAGAAAAGACGGCAUCCAACCUACAGAUCCGGGGGUGCAAGUUCCCCCCAAAGCUCCACCGGUGUCGCCCUUGCGUUUACCCAGAGAAUACCACCGCUCACUUGGUGACCUCAAGGUGACUCGAGUUCUGGUGGCUCGCUUCCUACAGCGUUCCAAACGCAACCUGGCACCCUCCUCUGAGCAUGCUGGAAGCACGGGGCAGGUACCUAAAAGAAGAGCAGGUGCUGAGGGCACCGCUACCAACCAUCUGUCUUUGGAACAAGUUUGGCGGGCCCCUUGGAGUACCAAUCGAGGACAACCCAAUCAACAACGUACUCACCAUCACUCACACAGCGAUAGCCGCCACAACCGUAGCCACGGCGCCCGCGCCCCGGAGGGCAUCCACUUGCGCAGCUGCGGGGAUCUGAACUCUUCGUCGUCCCUCUCCGUACGCCGAUUAGUGUCUCCUCACCUACAACGCGGCUCGUCGGGAGCGCUUUACUCGGAAUCGGCCCUGUGAAGACGAGAAAGUUCAAAGAUGAUCAAAUAGUCGUUUGAAGAUCCAUCAACUCCGAAAGUCUUAUGGCCUUAUCGAGAAAGGUGCUGUACGUCACUCUGAAUACCAGACGAGCCGCUCUUUCCAUUCGGCUGCGGUCUUCCCCAGUGGAAAAAUACUGGAGACUGACAUUCAACAUAAUGGAUUACAAUAUGCUAAAGACCCUUUUGUACAUUAUUGUUCGACAUAAGGGGUUGGCAGGGUGAACAGUGAUUUAAAAAAAGAAUAUUUUGUCUUCCAUGUAAAAAGAAAAUGAAAAAAAACCUGACCAUGCAUAUUUAGCUGAGUGUGAUCUUUUUUUUUGGGGCAAUUCUACCCGCCCUCCGCCACCAAUGUAUUUGCCGCCAUCCAUAAUAUGAAUGCUUGUAUUCUCCCUCGGAAACACGGUGUGGCGUUCGUGCAUGUUUUGCGACCCCCACAAACAUCAGACACAGUAAAUAUAUCUUGUGAAAUGUCUUCAUUUGCAUGGGUUGACACUUUCCCACCCCCUUGUCCACACAAAACGUACAGGAAGUGUUCAAAGUGUGUCUGAUAUAAAGUGUUGCAAACAAAAUAUGCAUACGCAGCACACCUAGUUUGGUGUGCAAUAUGUCCUUGUGCACCGAGCAUAUCUGAUUGUGGCUUUUUCGGGCGAAUCUUGUAAGAUAAAUAUGUGUUAGAUGCACUGAGACUCAGAUGAAAUGAGGCUCUUGUAAUAAAUGUACAUAUUUACAAGGACACUACCGUAUAGGGCUCAGACCGAUGGCAUCAGACUGAUUUUUUUUUUUUUUUCUGCAAAAUGUACCGAAGUCAAAAUGAUGGUAUCAGCAAUGGCGCAUUUCGUAUCCACACAUAAGAAACAUAUUUUCAAAAUGUACAUGUACCGGCUACACACAUACAAGCACUCUCCACCGAGGCGUGUUUCUACCUCCUCCUGUCUUGCAUUAUUAUUGCAUUAUGUCUUGCAUUAUUUAUUUAAAGAAAUGAUUAUCUGUAUGGCAGGCUUUGCAAUACAAUCUUAAAACCUGAAUAAA